AUGUCUUGGCCAACUUGGACAACUGCUGCUGGCCCCCCUAUACCUUCGGUAGUAGCAGGACCCCCCAUCGCCUCCACUUUGCUCCCAACAGCAAUAAACUCCGCUCCCACUGUCUUGCCGCCCAAUCUGCAGUACAAUCAGGAACAGUGGGCGCAGGCGCAACAACAGAACUGGCAACAGUGGGCUCAGUGGCAGCAACAAUAUCAACAAUGGCAUCAGCAGUAUGGCGCAGAGUAUCAAAAGUCGAUGAGCGCUAUGCAAGGUGCUCCUCCAGCAAUAAUGCAACCUGGACUACCAACAGGCCAGCCUCCAUUACCGAGUCUCUCAAUGACCAUGGCUCCUCCCUUGCCUGUCGACAAUAAACCACCUCUACCGCCAGAAGAACCACCUGCAAAUCAACCCAAUAUUCCCUCAUACACCACCGGUCCCCCUAAGCCUGCCCAAACGGGCUAUAACACUGCCCCACCAUCGCUUAUGGCGCAGCAACCACUCCAUAAUCAACCUCCCCCUAAUCAGGCUGGAGAUCCUUAUGGUAGGCAAAACUGGGGCAACGCUCAGAAGAGACCAGGACCUCGAGAUAGCGCCUAUGAGGGAGCUAAGAAACCUUCGAUAGAAAGAGAAGGAGCUACCCAGUGGCAGGGUGGUACUCAACAAUAUAAUCAGCCCCCUCCGCAAGCUGCGGCUGCCAAGCCUGCAGUAGAAGAGCUGUCUGAAGCUGAGAAGAAAUUUGACAAGGAGUUUGCUGCCUGGGAGGCCCAGUUCAACAAGUGGAAGGAUCAGAACGUUAAUCAUCCUGAUAAGACUCAGUAUCGAGAGUACGAGAAGAAAUGGGAGUCUUGGAGGAAUUCGUUGCUCGAGAGGCGUGAGCAAAUGAGGCGGAAGAGGGUAGCGAUGAGCGGUCAAGCAAGCACAGCCACGGAAACUAGCAAACCCCAGUCGUUCUCGAAACCCCCACCCGUGCAACAACCACCUACUAGUCAGCCGGCACCCUCGGCCCAGCCAACGAGCUUUCAGUCUCCCUCGCAGCCCUUUACUACCCAAAGACCACCUCUUGGCGCGAAACCAAGUUUGCUCGGGCCUGGACCUCAGUUCGCAGGGAAUAAUCAGUUUGGGGCUUCUGCGGCAGUCAAAGACUCCGACAAUUUCUUCAACAAACCUCCACCGAAUCAGAACAAUGAACCUCUUAGUUUCAAUAAACCGCAAUCUUAUCCAGUGGCCGAAGAGAUUGAGAAUGAUGGAGACAGUUUCUUGAAAUCUACUGCAUCUUCUGGUGGUGGAAUACCUGGACUGGAUUUGGUGCAAGAUGACGAUAAAGUAGAAGACGAACCAGAAACUGAUGUUAUUGAGUUGGAUAAGGAACAACACCGCCAAGAGCAAGAAUCUCAGGCGCCGAACAAAGGGCCAGACUUGGACGCGAUUUCCAAAGGAAUUAACUCGAUUCUAGGAGACCAGAAACUGCUAAGCAUGUUAUCGAUGGUGUCUCAGAAUGCUCCUCCCUCUAAAACUUCCGCAGGUCUUCUGCCAGGUUACAGUCAGGGACCGAGAUUCAAUGGACCUCCUCCUACUCAGCAACUUCAAGGUUUCAAACCUCAACAACCUCCUCCCCAGGAUCGUGGCUACAAUCAAAGCAACCUGGCAAAUAAUGAAUACUCCAACCAGAGCUAUGACGAUAGAUCCAAUCAGGAAGACUUUUAUCAACAGCGGGAGCAGGUGAACAACUUCGAUGAUCAAACUAGAAGUAGCUUCACCAUGGGGCCGAAUGAUGAUCAGGGCUAUAGGAAUAGAGGUCCUCCUCCAGGUAGACAGGAUAUGAUGGGCGGGCCUCCUCCAGGUAGACAGGAUAUGAUGGGUGGACCUCCAGGUAGACAGGAUAUGAUGGGUGGACCUCCUCCAGGUAGACAAGAUAUGAUGAGUGGACCUCCUCCAGGUAGACAGGAUAUGUUGGGCGGUCCUUCAGACCGUUUUGGCAAUGCUCAGGAGAAAUUUGGUGGGCCCCAAGACAGAUUCGGGGGACCUCCUCCUCAAGAUAACAGGAAUAAUUUCGGUCCUGGAGGACCAAGGAUGGACAAUUAUGGAGGAGCGCCUCCACAGGAGAAUAGGAACUUUGGAAUGGGUGGUCCUAGGAAUGCUCCAGAUAACUAUGGUGGCCCACCACAUGAAAACAGAAAUAACUUUGGACCUGGUGGCCCGAGAAACGCUCCUGGCAGAGCUUUCGGAAGAGAUAAUUACAAUGAUGGAUUCGAGGAUAAUUACGGGAAAGAUAACAAGUUCCAGGGUGAUAACUUCAGAAAUGAUAGAUUCGGGGGUGGGAAUAAUUUCGAUAAAGGGAGAGGUAACUUCAAUAUGGGUGGUGGGGACAAUUUCGGUAGAAAAGAUAACCAUUUCAACAGAGACAAUUUCGGAAAUAACAGAGAUAGUCGUUUCGGUGGUCCUGGCAAUUAUGACGACGACUAUAAUGAAGAUGAAAACGACUACGACGAUUAUCACAGAAGGUUCAAUGAGGAUGAAGACCAAUACCAGGAUGAUCGCUAUGAGGAGGAAGAUAGAUAUCAUGAGGAGGAUAUGCGUGGACCUCCGCCUCCCCAAAUCAAACCGAAUAUUCCUUCAUUGAUGGAUCGGAUCGCUCCGGCUCCACCACAUAUUCGCGGUCAGCUGCCACCGAUCGUUGAGCAGCCACCGCCAAUUGAAGAGGAACUGCCGCCUAUGGAAGAUGACAUACUAUUCGAGCCGGCCCAACUGAUUGAGUAUGAGCACAAGUCGCUGAUACCACCUGAACCUGAUGUGGCCGUAGAACCUUCCAACAUGUUCGACUACCAACACAAACCCUUGAACCGCAUCCUCCUGAUGGAGAGACCGAAAUGGCUAGUCGAAGAAGUCAAAUUCAUCCGGGAAUUCGACUUCUUACCACCCAGAUACGAGAAACCCGCUGCAGUGCACACUGUCGACAGAUUCGCACCUCCCCCCAGAGUAAUGCGAGACGAUUUCGGACCUAGAGACCGUGAUUUCCUACCCAGAGACAGAGAUUUCUUACCCAGAGACAGAGAUUUCGCUCUCAGAGAUAGGGAUUUAGCUCCAAGAGAUAGGGAUUUAGCUUCAAGAGACAGAGAUUUGGCUCUGAGAGAUAGAGACUUGGGUCCGAGAGACAGGGAGUUUGAUAGAGAGUACCAGGAGUUGGGACCUAGGGGUAGUGAACGUUACAAUAGGGGUCGAUCCAUUGAGGGAAGAGACAGAGGAAACGAGAGAGACAGAGGAAACGAGAGAGACAGAGGAAACGAGAGAGACAGAGGAAACGACAGAGACAGAGGAAACGACAGAGACAGAGGAAACGACAGAGACAGAGGAAACGACAGAGACAGAGGAAAUGACAGAGAUAGAGAAAACGAUAGAGACAGAGGGAACAACAGAGACAGAGAUUAUGAGUACAGUAGAAGGGAUCGAGUGGACGAUAUGGAUGACAGAGGUGGAUCGAGGUUUGAGAGAGACAGACACAGUAGAGGUAGCCAGGAGAAUAAUAGGAAAAGUGAAGGCUCGCGAAUGAAUAAACACGAUUUUGAGGAACUUUCCGAUGAGGAUAUGGAUUGGGAGCAGGGGGAGCAAAAGAGGCAUAAACGACAGCAGGAUAGUAGGCGCAGCAGAAGUAAAAGUCCUGAGUUGUUGAGCAAUCCUCCUAAUCCUACGGCUACCGUAGCAGAAAUAACGAUGAUCGAAGAUAUCAUCAAUUCUCCUGGGAGAAAUAAUAGACCUCCUAGAAUCGUGAUCAUUUUGAGAGGGCCACCAGGUAGUGGAAAAACAUUCCUUGCAAGAUUGAUAAAAGAUAAAGAGGUUGAAAAUGGUGGAUCAACACCAAGAAUUUUAUCAUUAGAUGACUAUUUUAUGGUUGAACAUGAAAAGAAAGUGAUUGAGGAUGGAAAAUUGCAGACCAUCAAAGAAAUGGUAUAUGAGUAUGAAGCUGAAAUGGAGGAUUCAUACAGAGCUUCAUUUUUGAAAUCUUUCAAGAAAACCAUCACUGAUGGAUAUUUCCCUUUUGUGAUCGUUGAUAAUGUCAACGAUAAAGUUAAACAUUUUGGGGAAAUGUGGAGUUUCGCAAAACAAAAUGGAUUUCAGGUAUACAUUUGCCAGUUAGAUUUGGAUCCGGUGCAGUGCACGAAACGUAACAUUCACGACAGAACAGAGGCGGAAAUAGAAGAAUGUAUUUCCGGUUGGGAACCCACUCCUUCCCAUCAUCCCACUAUAGAUGCUUCCGGUCUCUUGCAAUCCUCCGGUAUAUCCGAAGUAGAAAUGGAAGUCGAAGAACAGUCUGACAAUAAAAAGUCAGGGGAGGAUGAAGCGGAAGAGGGAGCUGCUGAGGGGAGGGACCAAAUAAGAAGCAAAUGGGAUACUUUCGACUGUUCUAGUAAUAGCCUUGCCAAGCUUGAUGGAGUCAGCAAACCCCUUCGAAAAGCAAGAACCAUGGAAGAAUUCCUCCAACUGGAAGACCAGUGGCAACCAAUACAACCCACCAAAUCGGGGAAGAAGAGGGUUCGGUGGGCCGAUUUGGAGGAACAGAGGGAACAGGAGAAGAUGAGGAAGAUAGGGUUCGUGGUGGGGCACACAAACUGGGGUAGGAUGAUGGACCCAACAGGAGGCAGUGGCGCGCUCACUAGAACGAAAUAUUUUUAGUUUCUGUACAUCCCUUCGAAAAGAUUGUACAAUUUAUUCAUAUUGAAAUAAAAUGAUAGGUUUAGGAUAAGUGUUUGC